AAAAAAGAUGGCGGCUGCCGCUCGAGUCGUCGAUGAACCGGCUGUGCGUCAGCCUGCGCAUCUUCCGGUUGAGGGGAAUAGAGGGAAACAAGGACCUGCCCUGCAGAAGGUUACGAAGAAUCCACGACGAGGUACUAGUGGCACUUCUGCUCCUGAGACUAUCACUACAUCGUCAGCGAAAGAGCCCCAUUACCUGAAGAUCUUUUUCGUCCUAGUCCUUUUUCGAGCGAUCAAUGGUGCUUUGUUGGCGACAGCUUUCGCGCCUGACGAGCAGUGGCAGAGUCUCGAGAUCGCGCAUUUGGUUGUCUUUGGGAAAGGCCAUUUCACCUGGGAGUGGGAUCCGACCUGCCACGCUCUGCGCAGCUGGCUACAUCCAAUGCUUUUCGUAGUGUACUACGGGUUUCUACAAGCGACUGGUCUGUCAGACCUAUCACCUUGGUUAGUGGCCUACGGACCACGAGUGUUUGUGCAGAGUUGGUUCGUUGCUGGGACAGAUUGGUGCGUGUGGCGGAUUGCGAGGACGGUUUAUCAGGGCAAGAGGAGUUCUUCAACAGAACAAGGAGGUGGAAAAAACCAGAACGACAAAGAUGACGAUGAUACGGACAUCAGUUACGCAGACGAGGACGCAGAAGAUACUGACGCAUUGUCUCGUUCCGACUACGUCCUCCUCGUCUCGCUUUUCUCAUGGUUCAAUUUCUUUGCUGGACCGCGUACCUAUUCCAGUGGGGUCGAAGCUUUUCUCAACGCUUUCGGAGUUUACCUCCUACAAGUACGUGGCUGUGCCAAGAGUGCAGUCUUCGUCGGCUCGAUUGCAUGCGUCCUGCGACCUACAGCAGCGCUCUUUUGGGGCAUCUAUUUUCCUGUAACGUAUUUCACGGUGUUUGCUCGAAGCAGGAGCGGUGCGGCUAUGAGAUUAGCAUCAGACUUCUUCGUUUACCUCUCCAUCUUCGCAACAACGGCUCUGGUCUUGGGUGUCGGUGUUGACACUCUGGGCUACAACGUGCUGGCUAGAUCAACUGGAGCACCUGCUGGCGGAGAUUCAUGUUCUUCAUCUAUCUCCGCAUCAAUAGGAAUAGACACGAGUUUAGUGGAUUUUUUCUCCGCUGCAAUGACGAUCUGCGAGAAAUACUUCCAUCCAGUGGUAGCGCAACGAAUCUCAGACGUGUUUGCCUCUGGUCGUCUCUACUUUUCCGGCGCAAACUUUCUGCGCUUCAAUCUGUUUCAAGACGGAGGCAAGUUCUAUGGUUCCCAACCUACGCAUUGGUACUUUUUGGACGGCCUUGGUGGAGUAUUGCUCUCUUACUUUCCCCUUGCUUUCUACGGCUUCUGUCGCCUAUUUCCGGCUACAACUUCUGGUCGUGAAGAUCACACUGAUGUCGUGGAAAUCUCUGAGGAUGAAGAAGAUGAGGAUAAUUGCAAUUAUGAAGACAAGGAUAACGAAAACUCUUUAGCCGAAGGUGCUAAGGCUAGUACGAAAGCUGGGGAUGAUGCAGGUGCAGCACAAUACCUCAGAAGUCGACGUCGUAACAAGCAAGAAAUCAAGGCUGCUGCGAGUGUUGAACAAGAGACAAAGAGCACUUCCACCGCAGUUACAAAGCGACGUCGAAUGAAAAUACGCGUUCUUGCUGAGAGCCAGCAAAGUCUUGUCCGCAGACGAUUGCGUCCUUUGCUGCUGGCGCUCGUAGGUACUGUAUUUGGCCUUACUCUAGCGUCGUCACAUAAGGAGCACCGCUUUCUGCUGCCUGUCUUAUGGAUCUGCUAUUUGCCAGUCGCUGAGGGUAUUUCAGCUCUCUGGGAAAAGAGUCGACGCCUACGCCCGUGCCGGACCUGCUUUUUUUUCGUGUUUAUGCUGCAGUUCUUUGCGCUGCUCUUCUUUUCCUUCGUGCAUCAACGAGGAGGCGAUAAAACGACUGAGUGGCUCAGGGAAGAACUGUUGAGAUUGGGCGCUGAGGCAGCACAAGGUGGAUCCAAGAGUAUCCGCAAGAUUCCAGUAACCAGUCAGUUCGCCAAUGACGAGUGCCGUGGAGUCGACGCAGCCACUCGCGGUGGACCACUGCAAAAUAGAAAUUUGAUGAGCGAAAGCAGUCGCAGAAAAUGCAACGUGACCGACGUUUUCAGGCAUGAUGGGCGCGAGGCUAAGCGGUUGAAUGUCACGAAACACGAUGUGGAAGUGGAUAAUGUGCACAUCAAUAAUGAAAACGACGACAACGAAGUCAUCCGCCCUUCCAUCUUCUUCGCAACUCCGUGUCAUGCCAUGCCGCUUUAUUCUUAUCUGCACGUAGGAUCAAGCCCGACGACCGAUUUCGACGCUGCUUUUCUCGACUGUUCGCCAGGUCAAGCUUUCGCACCAUGGAGGGAUAGAUUCCGAGACAACCCUGUCGAGACUUUAGACCAACUCUUUGUGACGAGUGGAGGACAAAGAAGCACGUUAGAGAAGUCGUGGAUACCAGCUGAGAACUUCUGCCCAGCUACAUCCCCCUCUUCGCAUAACAAAGGAGCUAUAAUAACAGUGAACAGCAACAUGCAACCACACGAGCAGGUGGUCACGACUAUCGCAAACUACAGCGCACAAACAUCUUCAAACUCCUUUCCCUACGGUCGUCUCCCAACUUUUCUGGUGUUUCACAGCACCGUUUUCGAACGAUCCGCGGUACAGGAAUCAGCAGUUUUGCAAUGGCUCCAGCGACAAGGGUAUACGCUACGCAAAACGGUCUUUGAUAGUGUCUUCGGAGAGGGAUUCUACGGGUUUCAUAAAGGCCUCAUACGCUACUACAUCUUCUCCUUGAUUCCAGAUACAGAUGGCCAUCAACACUUACCAUUGGUCAGGAAGUGGGGGCCUUCGUUUUAACCCUGACAUUAGCAUUACCUAUGAAAGAAGAAGAAAAAUUAUACAACACAGUUGUUUUUUGUCGUCCUAGAAUUGCUUCUUCUACCGAGAGCUGAUGUGUUCCUAAAGCAAG